UGUUAAAAAUUUGUUUUUUUUUAUAUAUAUUUAUAUAAAUAUAUACUCUUUAAUUUGAGAGAAUCUCACUAAAAGCUCUACGCAAAGCACUCCCUUUUUCUUCCCAGGGAAAAAAAUCUGAACAUGUUUCAGUAGGUUUUUGUGAAGAAUAGAAGAUUGUGUCUAUUCGCAUGUCGAUGUCGUUUGUUUUGUGUUGGCACAUUGUCUAAAAACAACACACUUUGAAACUUCUUUACUUGCCUGUAGAUUUUCUCAUCAGCGGGUUUUGUUUUUGGAUUCAAUUGGGUGUCUUUUUUAGGCUGAUGGGUCCUGUAAGAGGGUUAAAGAAAAGAAGAAAGGUAGAGAAGAAACCUGUAGAAAAUGCCUCUGCUUCUUCUGAGAUGGAACGGUCUGUUGAUUGGUGGGAUGCGCUUUCCAAGAGGAUGAAUGGUCUUCAAUCGCCAUCUAAAGGUCUGGACAAGUUCAAAUCAGUUUUCAAAAUUUCCAGAAAAACUUUCAGCUACAUAUGUUCGCUCGUGAUGGAAGACAUGAUGGCUAAGCCAGGAAAUUUCACAUUUUCAAAUGGAAAACCUUUGUCUUUUGAAGAUCAAGUAGCUGUAGCUUUGAGAAGGCUAAGCUCUGGUGAAUCACUAGUGACAAUUGGUGAUCUGUUCGGGCUGCAUCGCUCUACUGUCUCGCAAUUGACCUGGCGCUUUAUAGAGGCCAUGGAAGAAAGGGGUCUUCACCACUUGCAUUGGCCUUCCACUGAUGCAGAAAUGACGGAAAUAAAGUCCAAAUUUGAAAAGAUUCAAGGACUUCCCAAUUGCUGUGGUGUGAUUGACACUACUCAUGUUACGAUGUGUUUGCCUUCGUCAGACCCUGAAAGUAAGGUGUGGCUCGAUCAUGAGAAGAAUCAUAGCAUGGUCCUGCAGGCAAUUGUGGACCCUGAAAUGAGGUUCAGGGACAUUGUUACCGGUUGGCCAGGUAAGAUCGACGACUGGCUGGUGUUUCAGAGUUCAAAUUUCUAUAAACUGUGUGAUAAAGGAGAGAGAUUGAAUGGCAAAAAAGUUGAGGUGUCUAAAGGAUCAGAAAUAAGGGAAUACAUCAUCGGAGACUUAGGCUAUCCUUUGUUACCGUAUCUUGUUAUACCAUACAAGGGGAAAGAGCUACCAGAGAUUAACACUGAGUUCAAUAAAAGACAUUCGGCGACUCGGCUGGUGGCACGCAGGGCCUUGGCAAGGCUGAAAGAAAUGUGGAAGAUCAUCCGAGGGGUGAUGUGGAGACCUGACAAACAUAAGUUGCCCAGGAUCAUCCUGGUUUGCUGCUUGCUUCACAAUAUUGUUAUUGACUUGGAAGAUGAUGAUGUGCAGGAUGAAAUGCCUUUGUCUCAUGACCAUGAUUCGGGUUACCGACAACGGAUUUGCGAAUCUUUUGACAUUGAAGGUGUCCACCUGAGAGAUAAACUUUCUGUCUACUUGUCUGGGAAAUUACCACCUUAAAUUACUUUACCAUUUCAGAUUCCUGAUCGGUAGUUUAUUGACAUAGAAAAAGGUUUAAAAUAGGAUCUUUGGCAGACAAUCAUUUGAUUGAAGUUGGUUUUCUUUUUGUUUGUUCGAUUUAAAUUUGUAAAAGGUAACACAAUCAAGUGCAUUUUUGAAGCAGGCAGGCUCCUCAAUUAUAAAGGGAAGACUGGAAAUUUUAGAUCGCUCAUGGAACGAAA